AUGAGCGGAAGACGCAGAUCACCGCCUCCUCCACCGCGGCCGUACUCAGACGACACGAGCAGGAGCGGGUACAGAGACGAUCGAGGUGGAUCCUCCUCGUCGCAGGGUUACCGCAGACGUCGCACCCCGAGUCCGGGCUAUUCGAGGCCAUCAUCAUCCAGGCAUGAAACGGAUCGACGCGAGAGGAGACGUGAUGAAGGGAGUGAUUGGAGGAGCGAGCGCAAGGAUCGGGACCGGGAUGAGUACAGGUCCAGAGACAGAGACAGCGAGAGAGAGGAUCGAUACCGCGAACGCCCCGCACUUCCCUCUCGGCCCAGGCCGACGGGACGUGAUCGAGACGCGCCUGUUCCGCCGCGUUCUGACCAUCCACACGCGGGCUCGCGGUCGCGAUACACGGGCGAUGCGCCGGAAAGCAGACGGAGGAGCCGAAGCCGAUCGCCUCCCGGAGCUGCGACACGACAAGACCGCAAAUCUCCGCCGGCAGCGCCGUCAUCGACAUCGCCAGGAUCAGAAGACGGCGAAGCAGCAGAAGACGGAGAGGCCGAAGAGGAAGACCCGAUGGCAGCCAUGAUGGGCUUCGGCGGAUUUGGCACUACCAAAGGCAAGAAGGUUUCGGGCAACUCUGCCGGCGCAGCUGAGGUAAAAAAGGAACGCACUUGGCGACAGUACAUGAAUAGAAAGGGAGGCUUCAAUCGACCGCUCGAUAAGAUCAAAUGA